CAGCCGCAGAGCUGGACCCGCCCAUCGCUCCGCCCCCGGGAGAGUCGGAAACAGGAUGGAGGAGUACCAUCGCCACUGCGAGGAGGUUGGUUUCAAUGUGGAUGAAGCCCACAACCUUGUUAAAGAGUGUAUAGAUGGAGUUUUGGGUGGUGAAGAUUAUAAUCAGAACAACAUCAACCAAUGGACUGCAAGUAUUGUGGAACAAUCCUUAGCACAUUUGGUUAAGUUGGGAAAAGCUUAUAAAUAUAUUGUGACCUGUGCAGUGGUCCAGAGGAGUGCAUAUGGCUUUCACACAGCCAGCUCAUGCUUUUGGGAUACCACAUCUGAUGGAACCUGUACUGUGAGAUGGGAGAACCGAACCAUGAACUGUAUUGUCAAUGUUUUUGCCAUUGCUAUUGUCCUGUGACAUCCUAAAAAUGUUUGGCCAAAGCCAUUCACUUAAGAAUUUGUCAGUGUAUCCUUUCUAAAAAGAGUAAGUUACUUAUUAAUACUCUAGAUGACAAGUGUGCAAUAUGCUUCAAAGCUAUCAACAAAAACUGAAUAUUAUAAGCAAGCAAUCUCAUACAUAGUAAGUUGGCAGAUUUGCUCAUAUUCUAUAUAUACAGAAUCAUUUCAAUAGGAAAAAAUUAAUGUCAGCAAAAAACAAAUACAGAAACAUGGCAUGACUUGAAAAUACAACCUUAUAUUUACACCAGCUUUUUACUAACAUGUACCUAAGGAGUUAGGGAAAUCCAUUCAGAUAAUAAAAUUCUCUUUCAGCUUCAGAGAAGUUAACAGGGAUAAAUAUAUGAACAAAAAGCACUGCUAGGAUAAAUCUGGAGAAAAUAAUAAUUAGCUAACGCUUUUUAAAAAAAUAUAUUUUUAUUUAUUUCAGAGAGGAAGGGAGAGGGAGAGAGAUAGAAACAUCAAUGAUGAGAGAGAAUCAUUGAUCGGCUGCCUCCUGCACGCCCCCUGCUGGGGAUUGAGCCCGCAACCCGGGCUUGUGCCCUUGACUAGAAUCGAACCUGGGACCCUUCAGUCCGCAGGCUGAAGCUCUAUCCACUGAACCAAACCAGGUAGGGCUAGCUAACACUUCUUAAGUUUGUAUUUCUUCUCAGUUGUACAUAUGAUUUAGUAGAAAGCAAUUGUUCUUUUUUUCCUCUCAACUAAUAUUGCAGUAGCAACUACUAUUAACUUGUUUACAUUUUUUGAGAACUGUUAAAACAGUUUUUAAAAUUUCAAAAUCUUGGAUUUACAUUUGAGGGCAAAUUAAAUCUGGUAACCUUGAAUUCCCUUGUUAAACAAAAUGAGUUAUGGUGUAUGAUGAAAAGCAUCUGCCUAACAGCUGCCUUACAAUUCACGCAUUCCAUGUGUAACAAAUACUAUUGAAUGCCUGUUUGUUAUGAGCAUAUUUUUCUGCUAGUCAUUAUAGUUAUCUGCUGUUAAAAUACUAAGUUUCUUUUGGUACCUGUUCAGUUGGACUGUUAACAUUUAUGUUUGUGGGAAGAAAAAAAGUUGUUUACAAGAGAGGGAAAAGUGAAUCUGGUUAUUUAUGUAGCAAAGCGAAAAGCGCUUAUUGCUGACAGAGAAUCAUAACUUUAAGAAUUUUUAAGAAUUGCUCCUAGCAAGUAAAAAAUGCAUAAAACAUGCAGUUCUUAGUUAAAGGCCUUAUUAGAGGAGUCUUACUAUACAAGUAGUAAAUUUUAUCAUUGUUUUAGUUACAACCAUCUGUAAAUAAUUUUAAAUGCUUAUGUGGGAUUCAAAUUAAUUGGAAUAAAGUAUAAAUUAAAAGUA